AUGAUUACAGAUGCUUUCCAGACUGAUUGUGGAUUGUUGGUCGUAUCUGCUAGUUUAGGUGAAUUCGAAGUCGGUAUUUCCAAGGAUGGUCAAUCUCUUGAACAUGUUCUAUUUAUGUACAACUUAGGUGUCAAACAAAUGAUCGUUAUUGUGAAUAAGAUGGAUGCAACAGAUCCAUCAUUUUCUGAAGAACUAUUCAAUGAAAUAAAAAAUGAAUUAUCGACACAAAUACAAAAGAUUGGCUAUCAACCAGAAAGUGUUGCUUUUAUUCCACUAUCUGCCUCGCACGGUGAUAACAUGAUCGAAUCAUCAGAAAACAUGCCUUGGUACAAAGGAUGGACAGUUGAACGUAAAAAAGGUAAUGUUACAGGAAAAACUCUAAUGGAAGCUAUUGAUGCAAUUAUUCCACCACAGCGGUCAAGCGAAAAACCACUUCGACUUCCUAUCCAGGAUGUAUAUAAAAUUGGUGGAGUUCUUACGGUGCCUGUGGGUCGCGUUGAAAGUGGUAUACUCAAGACUGAUAUGAAGAUCACGUUUGCUCCAUCAAAUAUCAAAACAGAAGUCAAAUCAAUCCAAAUAUGUCAUGAGAGUAUUAACGGUACGGUUUAUUUUAGUUAG